UGGUCGCAGCAACGGCUGGGUGGCUACAGACAGGAAAAGGCGUUUACGAAAAUUGUUUAUCAAGUCAUUGUUAUCUUACGGUGAACUUAUAGAGUGAACUUAAAAUAUGAUCAGUUUGAAGCUCCUUUGUGAUAAGAAUCAACAUUGCAUACUUAUUCUUUUAGUUUGUAGAACAAAAAGGUGAUGAUGGAAGCGUAGUUGCUGUAGAUACAGGAGAGCGAUGCGUGGGAUUUUGUGAAGACUAUAAACCUGAUGACAAAGUUUAUAAAAUUCAAGAAGGAUUUUUUAUUAGCUCGCAAGAUGGGGCUCAAAACUUGGAGGAACUUAAAAGGCAGAAAAUUACUCAUAUUUUAAAUGUAGGAUCAGGAAUAAAGAAUGCUUUUCCUCAGGUAAGAAGGUUUUUCAGUGUUACAUACUCUGUUCACGAAAACACUGAACAGCAUAUUAAAGACCCUAUUUAAGGCAACUUACAUAAACUGGGGAUUGGUGAUUUCCCGGCUGUAGAGGGGAGCCUAGCAAGUUACAGUUAGUAAAUAAAUGAGGUGUGAGGAAAAUAUUUUGUGCACUCGAUUUUUUUCCCAGAAUACACCUGGGACAGCAGACAUUAAAAUACCUUUUUUCCCCGGGAUGGAGGGUACUCCUAGAAAUUCCUUGGCAGGGCUGUGCUGCCUAGUGCUCCACAUCCUGACCUUUCUUCCACACCCUUUUUCAGACCUGUCUUCUGAACUAUUACUUAGCUUGCUAACCAAAUUGCGUUAAUUGAAGUCACCAUUUUGUUUUUUAUUUCUUUUAGCAGUAUUUGACAGUGAAUGUUCUUCCACUUACCCCCUUUGAUCACUUGGAGCUUGAAAGACACACCUCUGUAUGCUCUGGCGGUUCCCUUGAAAACCAAACCUGAUUUCAGACCAUAAUGAGCAAAGUCUAUUCCCGUUUUGAAGCGGAAACGGCUCAAAAACCAUACCCUUUGGGAUAGCACAUAUCCAUGCUGCUAAUAUAGGGUAGUACUGACCAGAGCUAUUUCCUCGAGUAAAGGGCGGCUAGCCUGCGCAAGAAGGCUAAAUACCGGUGUGAUGUCUUUCCAACCAAGGCCCCGUUCCCCUAAUGACGAAAAUUUUAUGUUUGACAGGAAUUUACUUAUAUGGAUGUUGAACUGCUGGAUUUGCCAGACACACAGAUUUGCAUUCGCUUUCCAAAGAUGUUUGAGUUUAUAAAACUUGGAAUUGAAAAUGGUGCUGUUCUUGUUCACUGGUGAGCUGCUCUUUAAUAACCUUACCUAACAUCCUAUUCCUUCAUUUCUGCUCUUUUAUCAGCUGUUCGCAUUAUAGUUGUUGUUACCUAGUGAAAAUAAGCAUACAGUUUUUCAAAACUGCAACAGAACACCUAAUUAAGCUGGUUUAUGCCAGCGGUAUGUUUGACGCCCGGUACAUGAUCAGAGUAUUAUGCUGGCAUGAUCCGUCAGUCCCUUGUCAUUCCUUAUAUAAGCCUUUUAACAAAAUGCAACGAUUUAUGAGGGAUACUACAUGUAUUACUAUAAAAUGCAGAAUCCAUCGUCCUCACACACAACUAGGAGCCAUGCCAAGCCGACCAUGCAGCCCGGCCUUUAUUAUAUCAACACUACAAAUCAUUAGUGCACUAGCACCAAAAGAGAGCUAACAAAACAGCUGAAACUGAGCCUACAAUAGAUUAACAUACAAGAAUAACUGGAACUAAGGCACUACUUGAAAUCCUACAACCCAAAAAACACAUGCAGGGUGGGUGGGCGGGGAAGGUCAGGCAAUGGCGGAAGGCAACCAAAACAACUGAACUCUGAAACGCCACGUGACCUGAAGACCCCCCGCACACUCGAACUUAUACUCCCAACCGUGUGUGAGAAAAACAUUUUCAACUUCUUUCGUUCCCCAGCCAGCUGAAAACCACACUUAAUCAAUAUGGGGUACACAUGCGUAACUCUCCUAUGGGGUUGACGAAAGUCAUCGAUGACUGACUGACUGACGUUUCAACUUCUGUGGAAUUCAAUAUUAGAGUCACCGAGGCAUCUCUAACUCUAAUUUCCACAGGCUAUCAAAAUGUUGUCAAACAACAACCGUAUUCAGAACUACACUCACCUAUAUGAUACUUGACCUAUUUCGUCAUGAUUUCAAAGUUUAAACCAUGAACUGUAACUUAAAAUAGUCUCUCGAGAAGUGAACUAUGAACCUGAUAAAACCAAUAAUGAAAUAUUAAUUUCUUGCAGUAAUGCUGGAGUUUCACGGUCUGCAACUGUAGUGCUUGGUUUUCUGAUGUCUACGUACAGUUUAUCGUUGGAAGAUGCCUUGAUCAUUGUUAAAAAGGCCAGACCAUGUGUAAAGCCAAAUGAAGGGUUUCUGCAACAGCUUCGAGAUAACGAAAAACGGCUUGGAAUAUGA